AAGGCCUCGGCCGCCCCGGACGUGCUCCUAACGUGGUUUGAGAAGUCGGUGUGGGGUUGCCUCGGCCUGUCCUGGCGCCGGUUUUGUCUUCCUUGCGUAAUGGGGGCCGGAGGGUGAGUAACGGUCUUAACCGUCCGGGGUUCAAUUUCGACUCUGGAGUUGGGGGUGGGGCACCUGCCUUUGCUGGCCAUGCUACGGGCGUUCCGGUGUUUCUUCGCUACCUGGUCAGGUGGGAGUGGCGGGAGAGCUGCUGAUGAAUUUCCUUCGAUCAUACUUGGUUUGGGUUGAGUCCGACGUGUGAGAUCUACCAGAGUGACGACCUUACAUUUGCUGCAUGUCUGGGUGGCUAUCUCCACGUGAGGAUUUAGCUGCUUUUGCGUGUUUGCGUUGGGGUGGAGAGGGACGACUUUGCAUGUUAUGAUAUUCAUUUAUUGAUUGGGGUUCCAUGACAUGUAAAGCCAUGGCGUUUUAGUGUGUUGUCUAAAUCCAGCAUCUUUCCCCAUAGGGUGGCUUUGGAGCGACAAAACAACCCCAACAAUCCAUGUGCCAUCUGAUCCUAAAUGAUACAUCAAGUUUAGGGCAAGCUCAAAAACCUGUAAAGCCACUCGCCAAGAGUAGCAGUUAAGCUUGCCUCUCUUGCAAAGUGGCUCCAGUGAUAGCUGCCCAAAGUAUUAAAAUACUAACCUGGGCAUCAUGUCGAGUUUGGGAUACACAUUAAGCUACCAGGACCUCAUAGCCACUGUGGUUUAAUAUGUCGUGAACCCAGUCAGUUUAUAUGAGGUGAUAUGUGAAUUCCUACUGUGUUUAUGUCAGUGAUCAUGACUUUAGGACUGGUUUCUAACUAAUACCUGUCAUUUUAAAAGACUUUUGACAGGAAAUAAAAUGCUGCUUUUGUGGGGUGAACUUGAAAGACAGGCACAAGUAAUUUUUGAUGUUCGUUUUCAGAUAUUUUAAUGUACUGGAGGUGAAUCCAUCAGGUGCAGGCUCUUAACCCUUGGAAUGUUCGAGUAUUAAUGGAUAUUCAGUAUGGCCGUUCCCCACUUUGUCAUAUGUGUGUUUCUGGGAUAUAUCCAUGUUCAGUUUGAACUGGGAAGACCCCUCUGAAAGAAAAAUUAUAAAUGUUGAUGCAUUUUCUAACUAUGUACAUACAGAAUGACUGUACAGAAGCAAGCUACAAAAUAACUUGGGAGGAUGCUGUUUUAUUCAUAUCUUGCUUGUGGGAUCCUGUGGGCAGCUUGUUGGCCACUGUGAACACAAUGCUGGACUGGAAGGACACUUGGUCUGGCCCAGCAGGGCUGUGCUCAUGAUCCUUCAAAAUGUUAUUUACAACUUAUUUUCUUAGCUAUAGGUACAUAACAUUCUGAGAUCUGGUGACUAUAUAAUGGACAUAAUCACUGUCUUUAAAUGAUUACCUGUCUCAUUGAUAGUUAUACUUUCAAUGCUGUACCACUAAUGUCAGGUUAUUGAGACAGUAAUCUCAUGCAUGUCUACAUAAUUCCUUGCAAGAUAGGCUAUACAAAAAGUGUGCAUUUUGGAGUUGCUCUCAAGUCCCUUACACAGCUGCAUAAUGUUAGCCAGUAUAAGACAAAUGUGAGUGGGUCUGUUUCUGGUAACAAAGGCAGUACUGCAGAUAAUGAAAUAGAUUUCCAUGCUUCUACAAAGCUUUCUAGAAUUUCAGUUUUGCUGUUUUAUGCCCAUCCAGUAUGUCUUACUGCUUGAACCAGUUGACUGCAUGCAUGAAGUAAUAGUGCCUUUCUGUACUGCUGUUGGCUGUACAACUUACCACUUUCAGGGCUUUUCCCAAAAUUUAUCAAUAUGAUUCUGGCAACAUAACUGUUUAAGCAUUCAGAAUCCUAAACAUCUGAUUCUAGAUACCUUCUGGUCUUAAGAAUAUGUGAGGGAUAAUGCACAUAGUUUCAGUACCCUAUUGUAAAGAUGUUGGGCAGUGUUGUUUCUGUUGUCUAUGACCAGUAAAGUGCAAUUGAAUGUAAUUGCUGGUCUUAACAGAAUGCUCCCCAUAUGCUUAAUGCUACUCCACAAUGAAUACUGUGUAUUUUAACCCUAUAUGUUGAUCAUUAAGUAAAUGUUACUUUUAAAAAAUAAUGCACCCAAAUGGGUAAGAUUUCUGUUGAAAUGUCUUUUUAAGAUAAAGCUAAUUAAAAGGUAUAGUGACUAUGCCUUGCCCUGGAAUCAAUUACAGUAUAGAAGCAACAUAUGUAACAACUUGGUAAUACAGUGGUACUUCGGCUCACGAAUGCCUCAGUUCACAACCAAAUCGGCUCGCAAACAGAAAUUUCAGAAAAAAAUUGUCUCAGGUUGCAAACUUCACAAAAGGUGAUGGCCACAAUCACACCUGUCUUCCCUGUAUGAGCACGAUUACGGCUAUCUCCCCCACCCACAAGGAUGAUCACUAUCACACGAUUAUCAUUUGGACUCUUUCUCCAAACAGUAACCUCCCUCCCACACAGGUUAGUGUUCUGUACUGUACUUUGUUACUUUGUUGUUCUUUGUUACUUUGUUUCAUUUUUGUGAUUGAAAACAUUUACAGAACGAAUCAACCUUAUUUACAUUGAAUCUUAUGGGAAAAUUUGGCUUGGCUCGUGACCAAUUUGGGUUGCGACCAGAGUCGUGGGACAGAUUAAGUUUGUGAGCCGAGGUACCACUGUAUAUGCAUAUUGGAUAUAUUUUAAUACACUGUUCAAGGGUUGUGAGAAACACCUGGUGGAUUUGUAUUCCGCAGCUGCUUUUGGACAUAAUGUACCCUGUUUCCCUCUCCUCUGGCUCAGUUAUGAGGAGGAGAUUUAGAAGUUCUACCUCCGUUUUAGAUUAAAUGACAUUCUGUAUGUCCUCUGAAACCUAAACUAUAGUUAGUGUUAACUAGUAUUAGUGAAAAUAAGCCAGCUUUGUAAACUGUGGGUUAUUUCCACACUCGUAAAGGUUAGCCACCUUGGAUUCAGAUGACAUGGGAAACUGCAGUCAAUCAAAAACUGAAGUAAAGGCUCAGCAGGCAGGUAAAUUAUUCUAGCAAAGGCCAUAAGUAUAUGCAGAUUUCCUGGAGGCUGGGGAGAGACUAUUCUAGUUUUCUUAACACAACAUUAUACAUUGUUCUACCAUUGUGUCUGAACUAGUGCAUUAUGUGAAAAAAGGGGGGGGGAACAUAAUUGUACUUAUUUUCCAGGCGUACCCCUCUCAUGGUUUGAGAAAUCGUGGAAGUAUUUUUUGAUGCAAAGACAGUGGUGCGGGGGUUGGGGGAAUCACUGGUGUUAGUUUUACCAGAACACAUAACAGGACAGUAUAAUAAUCCGGAGUUUCCAAAUUCAAAAAGUUUAUGGAGAAACAUUUCCUGUGUAGCAAAUUUCUGAGGGGAUCCUCAGUUGCAAAACAAUUACUACUUGGCUAUGAAAUUCCAACGAACCCUUGGUUCAUAUGGUGCUAAAUAUGUUUCAUAACUAAUCUGGAUUUAUAUGUCUAACGUUUUUACCCUCAUUCUUUAUAAAAUAAUUCUAAACAGGAGCUACAAACAACACAAUUCAGUAAAAUAAUGUGGCAUGACUAAAAAAAACCUUUAUAAAGCUAAAAUUUAUGGAAUGUCAUAACAAAUCUUAUAAAUGUUCAUGUGUUUAUGCAAAUCAAUACAUUGGCCAUUAAAUGUUGAUUCCUUGAUACUACUUGCACAAAUGGUGAUUGAAAUUCUAUAGAUGUGUUUACCAACAUUUAAGCUCAUAACUGCAUGUAAAUUGUCUUUUUCCCCCAGGAAAUAUAUUUGUAUACCUGAUAAAAAGUAUUAACUGCAUUUUCUUGAAAGAAGUGGCCAACAAAAAGAUUGUGAUACAGUACAUUUAUUACUCUUUAAGUUGCCACAACUCUGUUUUUAACCCCAAAAGAUAAAUUCUAUAAUGAGUUGCCUGAAAAUGCUUUGUUUGAAAGUUCUGCCAAAUUCUAAACAAAUUCAAGAUUUCCCAUAUGCUGUAGUUAUCGGUGUUGAACCAGGACUAGGGGCACCUGGGUUCAAAACUCACUCAGACAUGAAGCUCACUAGGUAAUCUUGAGCCACUCUCAGCCUAACCUGCCUCACAGCAUCGUUGUGAGCAUAAAAUGGGAGGGGAUUAUGUGUGCACCAUGCUGCCAUAAGUUCCUUAAAGAAAAGGAUGUUUAUAAAUGUUACACAUUUAAUUAAUACAGUUUUGGAACUGCCACCAUUUCUUAACUGUUGUCACAGAUUUUGAUAUAGAAUCCCACUUACAAGGUAUUAUACCCACUUACAUUUUAGACAGUGCCAUUUAAGAGAUGGAGUUGUGUUCUCACCCUGUCAGAAUUAUGUCUGUCCAAAAAGCUCAGCCAAGAAUCAAGGCUGUUAGGUAUUUAUUUAACUGGACAGCAUCUGAGUGUUUCCUUUCAUAGGUAAUACUGAAAUUAAAAUGUAUGUACUUGGACUGUGCAAUAAAAUAGUUCUUCUAUAGUUUCUCGCUAGUGACAAUGAUUCAAUGGUAGCAUAGAUGACUUCAUCUUUAGUACAGUGUUUCAUAAGUUGGCUGUAAGCAGAUCUUGGGUCAUCAAGGUAAAUUUUGUACAUACCUGUGUUAGAACUUCACCGCACUGAGAUUUUUAAAAACCUCAAUUAUACAUCUCAUUUGACAAAAGUACAGCUUUGACAACCUCCUAUUACACAGAUUUACAGACCUGGGCUUCUUUUGAAAAGGAUUUGGGGGAAAUUGGGAAAUUUCAAACCAAUUAGUCUAACAUCUAUCAAAAUAAAUCAGUGGGAAACAUUAAAGUUAAAAGUAAGCCUUCCUGAGGAAGUAAAUAUGGCUUCUGCAAAGGGAUGUCUUGUGUUUCCAACCUUUUGGAUGAUUUGGGUAUGUUGGCAAACACGAAGACAGAAGCAGUCCAGUAGACACUGUAUGAUUGUACUUCCAAAACAUUUUUGACAAGCCUGUCGAAACAUUUUGACAAGUCCUCAGAACGGAGAAAUAUUAAAAAAUGUCCCCCAUGGGUUCAUAUUGGAAUCAAUGCAAUUAAAAUUCUUAGAAGAGAGCAGUGAGGUAGCUGAGUUAAACUGCAUUAUUCACAUGGUGAUAGACUGAAUGCUCCAAGAGGAUUUCUCCAAAGAGGGUGAAUGGGCAACGAAAUGGUAAGCAAGGUUCAAUGUAAGUAACUGUAAAGGGAUGCAUGUUUGGGACAAAAAGAACUUCAUCAGAACCAGUAGAGUCAGAACUGGUAGUAACUAAGAAGGAAAGAGGCCUUGAGUUAGUUGGGAGUUAAAACACUGAAUGCAUCAUUUAAGCAUAUAGUGGUGAUAGAAAAGGGAAAUUCUGCAGAUGGCUUGAACUAUCCAACACUGCUAAUAACUGCCUAAAAUGUGGAAGGGUGUGCUCUCUUUAAUUUUGAAGUAAUUGAUUUCAGUAUAGUACUAACUAGCUUUUGUGCAUUGUUUGCAUACAGACUUCUAUAGCUAGGUAUUGAUGCUUUUAAUUAUUCUCAUUUCUGAUCUCCCUAAAACAUACUUAAAGUACAGUAGAAGCAGAAGGAAUAUUCCGAAACAUGUAUAUAAGAUAUCUGAACUAAAUAAUUGUCAUUUGGAUUAGCCUCUUAAAAAGUCCAAUCUGUGUAAUCAAGAUGAUGGCGAAAACACUCAUUUAUUUAAGUAUUCCAUGUGCUGUGCCAUCACAUAUCACAAAUACCAAGUCAGAUGUGUGUAAUAUAACAAACAUGGUAAUGGAUUUACACAAUCAGUAAAAUGGUAGAAUGCUAUUGCUACACGCACAUACUCCGAUACAUGUGGAAGUUCAUUAUAAAUUGAAAUGUGGAUAAAAUGCAGAACUAGAUGCCUUUCCCAUGGACUAGGUUGCACACAAAAUUGUCAUGUGGAAGAGAAUAACUAGCUCUGUGCAUUCCUGGGUUGUUUAUGUUAGUUUUAAGGAGGUCAUAUGAACACUUCAGGCAAUGCCAGCCCCUAGUUCUAGAGGGCUCUUAGGCAAGAAACCUUUGAUAGCACCUGUUUAAAGUGAGCUACCUUUUCACCAUCAUGGCCACCACACCCUGUUGCUCCUCCUUUUUCUUAUCACUGCUAUUGCUUACUUGGCUGACAGGCAGAGAGCCAGUAAGCAAGGACACUGUUGUAUCAGCUGCUCCUCCAUCUCACCAUCACCAUUAUCUGUUUUGGAGCAAGAGACAGGAAAAUAGGUAGGUUGCUGUAGCGACAAAAAAGAACAAGCCCAGGAAGUGUUUUUUGGUGUGCCCUUGCUGAAGUGUGGGCAGUGCCUGACCAUGCCUAUUGCUUCCCAGCAGCCCUGUCUCCAGGGAAAAAUUUGGCAUUGAUGUAAAUGCAUCCUUGUAAGUACAUUAUGCAGUCUUGCACUGUAACUUUAUUGUAUUACUUGAUUUUGAAAUGGCAUGCUUCCUUAGUUUCAUUCCAGAAGCAACUUAACACAGGUGACAUCUGAUUUGAACAUCACACUGACUGAACUUCUAACCACUAGUAGGGGAUACUAAGUGCCCCACAGACUCAUGUGCUCCUCCCCUCUGUGCAUUCCCCACUUUCCUUGAUUACCUAUGGUGCAGCAUUUUAGGCCUAAUCCAGUGUAAUUUUGGUUAGUGUUUAUGCUGCAGCAUAAUUAAUAGUAAUCAGGAAAAGGACAGGAAACAAAGGGGAUGAACAUGCAAGUAUGUUUUCAGGAGCAUCCACUCAAGCUAUAGAUAAGAGAUUAGGCAAUGCCAUCUCAGUUGUAUGUAAUGGUUUUGCUCAGUGGUGCAUACAACAUUGACAAAGCUUUCUGCCUAACUUGCUGGCAGAGUAUAAAGCAAUGUAAUUAUUAAGGCUGAAGCAGGAUGCCAUAUUGUGUCAUGUUUACACCCAGUAUAGGUAUAGUUGGGUUGACAUGAUGCAGCACCUAUUACCCUUUCUUGCUCAAAUGUGUUAGCUGCCUUGUAGAUAAAAGAGUGACAAUAUUUUCAAGAUUUGUUGGAUAUAUGAAUGGAUCGGUUGUUGACAAAUGUGAACUUUCUGUUUCAUUCAUUGCUUUAUAUCAGGAGUGCAGAACCUCAGGCUUCAGAUUCAUACCAGGCCCUCCAGGGGGCUGUAGAUGGUCACAUUGCCUUCCUCUUUUCCUCACCCAUCAUUUGAUGGCCUCCCAGCUUUUGUAAAGGUAUUUCUCCAUUCUGAAAGCUCAUUAUGCCUUUCCAAAGCUGAUAGUACAACUUUAAUAAAAUAGGCUGGUAUUACUUUCGGCUUCAGCAAUACCCACCAUUGAAAAUCAGUCUCUAAACCCUCUGAAAUGAAAUGCAGCCCUCAGGCCAGAAGAGGUUCUACACCCCUGCUUUACAUCCUUGCGGUUAGUGUGUGUGUCUGUGUUGUGUCCACCCUUCCCUCACACUUACUCACAAAUUCCUUUAAUCAAAUAAACACCAUCUCCUUCUACCCAGUCCAAAAUAUCUCCUUCCUUCUUUUGUGUGCUAAGUCUUGGCGUUGGAAAAAAUGCUUAUUUAAUCCUUUUCUCUUCACUUCUUAUUUUUCAGGAUAUGUGAAAAAAAUCCUUAAGACUGUUGAAAAUGUUACAAGUGACAUGAUAAUUUAACCAAUGCCUCAGAAUGAUGGAUUACCAGAAGAUUGGAAAUGGUUUGCAAGUGACUGGUAUAGGGGCAUCUGCACUCCACAUGGUGGGGUAUAUGGGAAAAGAUUCUAAUGCUGCUGAAGUAACUCCAAGUGACUGCUGUCCAGCUUGCAAAAAGAAGAAUCUGAUAAAAGCUUUAAGAACAUAUCGCAUAAAUUUUGAAGAAUCUAUUUUUCUGUGUGAAAAUCCCCAGUGCAUCUACCCUCUGGGAUUUGAAUCACUAAGCAACAUUGUAAUUCCCAAUGAUCCAAAAGGCUAUCCAGCUCAGGCCACUUUUAAAAAAAGAAAGUUCUUUGACACAAGCCUGGUGACCUCUCCUGUAGAACCAUGCAUAAAAUUGACAAAGACUGAUAAUUUGAUGGACACAAAGCAGACAUUGGAACCUGAUCAUGGCCCAGAGUGCAAUGAAAAUGAUCUAUUUAGGAGUCAGUCAGGGCAACCUGAUUUCUCACAAGUCAAACGCCCCAACUUGUAUAAUGCAACUGAACCUGUGGAACAGCAAAUGAGCUUGGAAAUGGCAGCCCAAGAAAGCUUACCAGAGACAUCCAGUAUGCAUGUACAGCUUUUGUCAAAUUCUGAAAUUGGUUCAUCAGUGCCUCAAAUUCUGCACCAAGAUAGACCAUUUCUCUCAGAGCCAUUAUGCCUUCACUGGAGGAAUUCACAUGCUCUUUGCUGGUUAGAUUGUAUUUUGUCAGUGCUAGUGCAUCUAGCAACACUAAAAACAAUUCAGACCAGUCCAGAUUCAGGAAAUACAUCAAUAAUCAAGAGACUGUUUGCAAAAUAUGGCCAAGCAACUGCACUUGUAAAUACUUAUGGAAGGGAAGUUCCUUUGGAUGUUCUUACAAGAGCAGAAACUUACUUGAAUGAAAUCAGAAAUCAAAUUUUUGAGAAGCUUCAACCUAAUCUUAAGUGUAAAUUGGGUGAGGAGGAAAGUCCAGUGUUCGCUUUUCCUUUGCUUCUACGAGAAGAUCCAGGGAUAGAGAAACUUUUUCUUCAUACUUUUUUGUGGAAGCUUCAAUGUUUACAGUGUGGCCACCAAGUCAGUGAGAGGUGCCAGAAGACUAUGACGACAUUUACAAAUAUAAUCCCAGAAUGGCACCCACUGAAUGCAGUUCAUAUUGCUCCUUGUAAUAACUGUAAUCACACAUCUCAAAGAAGACAAAUGAUUUUAGAAAAUAGGGCCCCACCAAUACUUAUGAUGCACUUUGUGGAAGGUUUGCCCCAUAAUGACUUGAUGGCCUACUCAUUUAAUUUUCAAGAAGAUCAUUAUAAAAUAACAACUGUUAUUCAAUAUCAGAAGGAUGCAAAACAUUUUAUAACAUGGAUUUUGAAUUCAGAUGAUAUGUGGCUUGAAUGUGAUGACUUAAAAGGUUGCUACAGUAGAAGGCAUGAGAACUUUGGAGUUCCUCCCGCAGAGAUUCAUAUUAUGAUCUGGGAGAGAAAGCCAUUGCAAGAGACCAGUCAAUUGGAUGUACAUCUACAAAAUGGAGAAGCUGUGAACUUUGCGCUUCUUAAAGCCCAAGCAGAAUUCCCAGUGAAAUGUCUAAAUGAUGUGACCAUAGGCAGUAAACCCCUAAUUUGUUAUAGUGAGAGUAUGUUGAAUGAACAUACAAAUGAAACACAAAAUCUAGCUAGCAAUAACAAAAGUAGUUUGCUUUGGGGCUUGGAAAACAUGGCCCCUGAUGAUACUAUAACCUUGAAUCUUGUAAGUGUUCCACUUGACUCAAAAGAUAAUUCACUAAAAGACUGUUGCACUGUGGAAAAUAACCUGAUAGCCAACAUGGGCAUAUCACAGUUACAAGCUCCAGGUCAGGUUGAUGUGCUUCCAGUUACUUCUGAAGGCAACACUGAUAGAAAUGAGUACAAAUUGCUGAAGAAGACCAGUUCUCCCUUGCAUCAAGGUCAGCCAGACAAUGCAAGUAACAGAUUGAUUAUGCCAGAUGUUCCUCUAAACAGUUGUGGUAUUUCACCAGAAACAUUUAUGCUGCAAGGGGCAGAACAUGAAGUUAAUCCUGUUCUACCUACAGAUAGCAGGUUGGCCCUAGUUAAUAACCAACCCAAAACUGGCAGAACAAAUUCAGGUAAUGGUGUACUGGAAACACCUAAAUUUAUAGAAAACAUAAUGGAUAAUUCCCAGGUCUCUUUUCCAUCUAUACCAACUAAUUCCUCUCAGGCAUUCUGUAAGAAUGGAAUCAAACCAUCUGGAGCUAGUUGGUUGAAGGGUUUACUUGGAAAAUAUCCUUCUUUUAUGCCAAAAAGCAUCUCAACUUAUAAGAAAGCAGAGAGCUCUGAAAAGCCCAUUCAAAAAGAAAGCAGGUCCAAUUCACUUGUUAAACAUGCAAGUCACUUUCGUGGCUUCCAAUCAAAAUAUUCCAAAAAAUCAAUUAAAAAGACAGAAGGAAUGGAUUCUUCACAUAAAUCCUUGCCUCUGGUACCAUCUACCACUGCUCUUUUUGGAACUUUCCCAGUCAAAAUGCAGACUACUAAUGGAAGUGAAGGGACUAUAAAUAGGAAAGCAGACUCAUUGAUAAAACGCAUUCAACCCCAGCAAGGCCACAAUGAAAAAAAUUCAACAUCUGUUGAAAAUGGUGAGACGGCAACUGCUGAUAAAACACAUCAACUACGUCUGAAACUACUUCAACAGCUUAAAGCUAAAAAGGAGAAACUAGCUUCACUAGAUAAACUGGCAGAAGCUCAGGUGAAAACCAGAUGCUCUUUCAAGAAAACUAAGAAAGACCAGUCACAGCUUGGAUCCCAAAAGGAAAAUGAAUCUCUGCAGAGCUUGUUAAAUGCACUGCAGCACCAGAUUGAUGUUGAAGAACGCAAAUCUCUGAAUUCUCCAAGCACCAACACAUCCCAGUGCAGCAGUUCAAGUUACGAUGAUAUUUUAUCUGAGCUACUGUCUCCAGCUACAACUAUUGGUUCCUUGGAUAUGCCACAAGAAGAAGAAUGCAGAUACUUGGAAAUGGGGGCUGGUAGCCCAAAAUCUCCAGAAUCUAAUGAGAAACCAGAUGAUGCACAGGACACAAAAUAUGACCAUCAUUAUUACAGUCCAGUAAGGGAAAAUGGACUUGAGGGACAUACAGACUUAUUAACAGUGAAAUCACCACUGAAGAAGCUCAACUUUGGAAGUCCUGCAACACAGGAUAUUCUGGAAGAUCUAUUCUCUAGUUCAGUGAUGGAUUCAAUAAUGGCUGACACUGAUGACUUACAUCAUUUUGAUGAAACUCUAUUAAGUUGGUGAAUUGUGUUCUAGCAAUUUCAGAGUUUACUAUUAAUUGUCUUUAAAGCCAAGUCUAACAUAUUUCAAGUUAAUUUGCACAUGGUUCAGCGUUGAAUAUUUAAAAUGUGAAUUUUUUAAUAUGUUCUUGUUAUUGAUGAAUAAACUGGGUUUGUGCUUUUCUCCAACUGAA